CUACGACCUCAGAUCGGCGGCAACACGGCGCGGCGUAGAACGACGUAUAUCACGGUCGGACAACAUGAUCACGCCAGUCAAUUAAAACUUCCCUUUAUCUUACACUUAUACACAGAUAUCUCUAUUUGUGUGAUUGCUCUGCCACUAGAAUAGAAUGGUGACUACUUUUUAAAGUCCUUGGUGGCAGGUAUUGUAUGUGUGUAAUUCGACCUUCAGUCAUAUGUACUGUGAGUUUUAUUGUAGGCGUGAUUUCCAACAUGGCGCGGCGCAGCAUGAGGUUGGUUGAGUACGGGAAGCCCUUUCAACUGACGAAUGAAGAGGUACCCACCGCACCAAAGGGCGGGGCUGUCGUCAAGACGGACUAUGCCGGGGUGUGCCACUCCGACCUGCACGGUGCGGACGGAGACUUUGGUCCAUUCAUCCCUCUCCAGGUGAUUCUGGGACAUGAGAUAGCAGGCACAGUUCACGAUGUUGACCCGAGUGCAGACUUCAAGGUAGGAGACAGGGUGAUGGUGUACUGGACCGGUGGAUGUGGAGAAUGUAAGAGGUGCGAGGUGGGGCAACCUCCUGCGUGUCUCAAGAACGUCAAACACUGGGCCGGCAUCACUGAGGAUGGCGGAUUCUCGGAUUACGUCAUCGUUCCUGACGUCAGACUGUUGGUGAAGGUGCCUGACACGGUUGCCAUGGAUACGGCGUGCCUCCUGCCCUGCUCGGCGCUCACCGCCUACAACACCGUCUGUACAAUAGUGCCCACCGUUCAGGACUUCGCGAAAUAUAGCGACGACUGUGCAGUACUGCUGGUGGGCGCUGGGGGGCUUGGCCUAUGGGGUGUUCAAUUUGCCAAAGUGCUACUCCCCGUUGGCGUUCGCGUCAUCUGCGCUGACAUAAGCGAGGAGAAACUGGCGGCGGCCAAAGAAGUCGGAUGUGAUGAAGUUCUUCUGUGGGGCAAGGAUGUUGAUGACGACACCGCCGUUGCUGCAGCAAAGGAAGUCUGUGGGGACCUCGGUGCUGUAGCGGCGAUUGAUUUCGUCAACGCGCCCUCUACGUUUGAACGUUUGCAGAAGAUGAUAGCCGAGGGUGGCAUACACGCUCUGGUGGGUUUCUUCGGAGUGGACGCCCCGGCCGCCGUGCCGCUCAUGCCGUUUGUGGUGAACCGUCACACGAUCACCGGGGUGAUCAUAGGGUCGUUACCGCAGCUGAGGGAACUCACGGCCCUGGUGGCGCAGGGGAAGGUCAAGCCACCGCCCAUUUCCCAUCAUCCCCUGGAGGACGUGUAUGACGUCAUGCAAGGUCUGAAGGCUGGGAAGGUCAAAGGUCGUGCGGUUGUGAAGUUUUGAGUCGGCCUGGAGACCGUCCACUGUCGAAUUCAUAAGGGCUGGGAGAGAAACAUGCCGAACUGUACAUAUAAUGUUCCAUCUGAGGAAAUACAGGCAAAGAGUAUUAGAUUUUUAAUAUUUGAUUUUAAUUCAAACGUUUACAAAACGAGUAGGAAAUACUGGUGCUGAUAAUUCAAUACAAAUUUUAGUAAUAAAGUGCCGCUUUGUGAACAGUUAAUGGUACACAGAAAUACCGGUACCGAUAGAAAGAAAUAUUGGCCCAUUUGUUUCAUUUCACGUAGAUUUGGACAAGGUUACGUUACAGAAAGGUGGUUUUGUGUCCACAUAUCAACACACAACUUUAUCGCGCCCGUCACUUUACGCAACUGGAGGUAGCGUGGUCGGUGCAUUUUACUUAGCGUACUUUCCUUCUACGCAAUACGAACCAGAUACCAUGAACUUACCAGAAAAGAAAAUUGAAGUAAAACUCGUGCAAUGUUGUCCAAAGUCACAAACGGAUCCUUGGUUGUAUGGGAAGUAGUGCAUCAUUAUGACUGCAUCUUGAUGCUUGGGUAGCCAUGGCCCGACAACAUUUUUUAGCUUUGUGCCUCCAUGGCGCACAGUAAGGCGGACGCCACAGUUCAUUAAUCUCCAAGCAGAUCCUACGGUGCCAUAAGAUAGUAUCAAAGCUGGUCAGGGAGUAUAGCCGGCCAAAGGGAGUCAAAUG